CCUUUGGCUCUUUUUCCUAAGACAGUGUGUUGUCUUAGUAAAAUCAUCCCUUCCUUGGGUGGCUAGAUUCUCACAUCUGGUACCAUUACAGAGGCGACUUAUGCGCCUACUGGCAUCGAGCAUGUCGCCAUGAAGCUGGACAGUUUCUAUGGCUAUGUGCCCAAGUCCGAUGUUGUUGGGGUCGAGGUGAUCGAUGCAGACCUCGACCGGAUCCAACAUGAAAUCGGAAUGCUGAGCCCUAUGGAUCGCCCCUCUGAAGGAGCGAAACUCUCACUGCUUUUCCGAAUCAUGAGAGCAAGAGGGAGUCGGUACGACGCCGUCAUUACUCAAAUCAAGCUCUCUAAGGGCCAAUCGUACGACUCUGCCAUUGGAGAGAUCGCCAACUUCGAGCGCCAUCUCAUCGCGCCAAAGCCCCAAAAGGAGACAGCACUUCGUGCAGGUGGAAUCAGAUGCUAGGCCCACUGCUGGCAAGGGCAGUGGCUGAACACAAGGAAGCAAGCCUCGUUUCUCCGGAUACUGCUUCUACUGUGACAAACCCGGUCACAGGAAGUCUGAAUGCCAGACCAGAAAAAGGGACCAGAAGUCUGAGAAGAAAGUGGGGGAAGCCUCCACAGGACCCCUCGCAACACCAACCGCUGGAAAGGGGCUCUCGCCACCACCACAGCAGGCUACGAAUAUGGCCAUUAAGGAACCUCACGAUGGCCCAGUCGUGAGGGCAUGGCUUGCCGCUACGGAUAUUGACAGCGCUACCAGUCGAGCUUCCAAUGCCGUGACGUGGAUUUUGGAUUCGGAGUGCACGAGGCAUAUGACAUUU